AUGAACAAGUGGGCCGAGGUACCACAAGGCUCGGUGCUUGGACCAUUGUUAUUUCUGGUCUUCAUCAAUGAUCUAGUUCCCCUUCUGUCGAACCCGACGUUCAUCUUUGCAGACCACGUUAAACUACUUGGCUCGCAUCAGGGGGUAGACCUCCAGCUUGACCUAGAUGCAGUACAAGCAUGGUCUGCAGAGUGGGGUCUCCCUCUAAAUGCAGCAAAGUACAAGAUCCUACGAGCCGGGAGUGCUCAGGGUUUUGGACCACGCUACAUGGGAGCUCGCAACGGGGUUGCUAUGGCAGUUGUGUCAGGGCUCAGGGACCUGGGGAUCGCUCUGAACUCCGCUUUUAACUCCUCUGCCCAGUGUCUUCCUGCAACACGUACGGCCAAUAGAGCGUUGUUCAAGUUGAAGCGCACAAUGGCGCCUAGGGAUCCAGUCGUGCUAAUCCCGCUCUACAUGGCCUUCGUUCGGCCGCAUCUGGAGUACUGCGUACAAGCUUGGUCCCUAAUCUGA